AUGUCUAAAGCCCCUUUAGGUGACUUAUCUGUAAACACAUUUGAACGUCAUCGUAAUGCAAAUUUGUUAUUAUCACCAUUGAGAACAAUAAAAAACGAAAACUGCAUGUCUGCUCGAUCUUCUCCUUAUCGAUCAUCCCCACAUCGUCUGACAAAACAACAGCAAUGUCAGCUUCUAUCUAAUCAAACAACAGUUGGUGUUUUAACAGAUGUCACAAUUUCAGUUGUUCAAGUCCAUGACAAACAGACAAUGACAUCAGAUUAUGCUGAUGACGAUGUUAAGUAUAGAACGAAUAUGAAUGAAGAUUUGUUUAACAUGUGUGUAAAAGCUGAUGCACCAGAGUCUUAUUGGAAAAUAAUUGCUGAAAAAAGAAGACUAGCUAUUGAAGAAACACAAAAUGAAAAUGAACAGCUUCAUGAAUUAAUUGAACAGUUAAAUGAGGAGAACGAACAUUUGCGAGAUCUUGCUGAACAAUGUCAAUAUUUAAACAAUAUAGUGUUGGAAUUAGUUCCUCAAGACGAACAGAAAGAUGCUGAAAUGAAAAUCAAUGGAAAUGAAUAUUUAACGUCAACAACACAUCAGGAACAAUAA